AUGGUCGCUGCCAGUGUGGACGUUGAUGAUUCGGCCAACACAAUCCUACCAGUAUCGGUGUCGUCUGGCGAUGAUGAGACCGGAAUCUGGCGCGAAGUGCUCGCCUCGAAGAAAGUCAACUGGAAUCAAGGCAGCACGGUUAUUCUGAUGGGCGAAAACCGCGCUGGUAAAUCGUCAUUGUUAGGACGUCUAAAUAAAAACGAAAAGGAGCAAAAGCAUGAAUCCCUCCUUGAAUAUCAAGUAAUCCAUAUUCAAAACGACGCCAGGGAUUCCAGCUACGCUUACCAAUUGGGAACAGCGGGGGCAAACUUAAAUCCUUCUGAAAUGCUUCACAUUCCGGUCUGGACCCUUGACGGAAGCGAGAAAUGCGCUUCAUUGCUUCAACAUGCGCUCCCUUCAAAUCCAUCAAAAGCCAUAUUUGUGUUAGCAGCAAGCAUUGAUAAUCCGAACCUGAUCCAUUCCUUAAAGCGCUGGGCGAAUGUUUGCACCGAGCAGGCUCAAAAGAAUUUCGACAAAAAGGAUUUGAAGGAGGGAAGAGAGCAGCAAGAGCGUUGGUGGCAGGAAUACGUCGAUCCCGUAGAAUCACAAAUGAGUUCCUCCGUCGUAGGAAACUUUGCUGACGUCACGAAUCUGCUGCCGCUCGACCAGGGAACUUUAAGUGAAAACUGUGGGAUGACAUUCAUUGUGGUCAUCACCAAAGCGGAUCUCGCUAAAGAUCUCACCGAUCAACAGUUUGGAAGAAUCAUGAUUCAUCUGAGAAAGUUCUGCUUGGCGCUUGGAGCAACGUUGAUCUUCACAAGUGCCAACACUGGCAAGAAUGUGCUACUGCUUCAGAAGUAUCUACUUCAUCGAUCCUUCGGAAUUGCUUUCACAAAUGCCGCGCAAGUCAUUGAACGCGAUGGUAUCUUCAUUCCAGCUGGAUGGGAUGGCGAUAAGAGAAUUGAAAUGAUCAAGGAAACCAUUCCCGAGCUCGAUAUGGCUCUUGAGCCAACCCGCGAGAAGCCUCGUCCUCAGACCAAGGAACAUCUGAUCGAGGCCGAAAACGACCAAGAAUUUCUCAAGAAGCUCAGUGAGGUGCUUCUGUUAACUGCACCCGCUCCAGCGCCGACGAGAAAAGUGGCGCCUGAUGAGCCAGCUGAUAGUCCGUUGGCCAACUUCUUUUCAAAUCUUCUAAAAGACAAGCCGGCAAGAACUUCCUCACCGAUCGCCUCUCAACCCAUCGAAGCUACCGCGGCUCAGUUGGAUCGAAUCCUAAGGAGCACAUCGAGCACAAGACCUCAGCAGCAAAAUUCGGAUUUGGAUGCCUAA